UAUAUAUAAGUAAGAUGUUAAGUGUAAAUACUUAAUGAAAUGAAAAAUAUAUAUAAAUACAACACUGCUGGUACAAAGCAAUUUAGAGGAAUAUCUUAUGAGGUCAUGUGAGUUAGCUUAAUGCUGUUUUACAGAUAAUGGCUAUUUUUAUGACCAUCAUUCAUAGAAUUAUUGCCACAAUGAUAUACCGAGUGGACCAUGAACGCGUCAGGAGGCAGUGGUUUCUGUAGCAGUGCAGCUAACUUCAGCGUCAGCUAUGCCUGGCAAAUGUAAAUUUCAAGACUCCUGGCUCUCUAAGGAAAUUUACAAGGACUGGCUGGUUAAGGAAGUGCAGGACAUUCACUUCGCCCGGUGUAGGGCGUGUUCUAAAUCAAUCAAACUUCAGACCAUGGGCGAGGCUGCUCUCACCAGCCAUGCAGGGGGAGCUGGCCACAAAGCAGCGGUCCGCAAGCUAGUGGAAGGAGGCAAUGUGAUGCUGAUCAAUGCUGCUGGGCAGAUAAAUGGCAGCGUGAACCGGAUUGAAGACAGCAAGGAGCAAGUGGCCAUCUGCCUCCAGCGUGACGCCUUGGACAGAAUACCAGGCAGCGACUGGGCUGAUCGGCACCACAGCCACACUACAAACUCCACCUCCCACAAUGCAGAGCUGCAGGAUGCCACAUUUGCUGCCUACUUCACAGCACCAGACACCUCCCGGCUCGUCAACCAGCGUCUCCACCCAAUAGGCGGAGCGGCGGGGGAAGCAACCAGCCGCUCCACUCAGCACAACCCAGCAGAUCUGUCCAGACAGGAGCACCAGCAGAGGGCCGAAGCUCUGGAGCAGCAGCAGCAGAUGAAGAUCCUGGAGUGGGAGAACAGAAUGAAGGUGCUGGCGUGGGAGCAGGAGCUGGUGAGGGAGAAGAGGAGAGCAGCGCGGCAGAAGGAGAAGGCCUUCAGGAUGAAGAAGGCAUACUACAAAGCCAAGCUAAAGAGGAUGGGAGAGGACGUGCCGCCAUCUUCCUCCAGCAGCAGCGACGAAGAGGAGAAAACUUCUAAUCAGACGGGAUGAACUGAAUCUAUUUAUU